AUGAACUACGCAACGGUACUGAACGGUCCGUUUUCAAGUAACAACAGCAACCAAUACCCGCGAUUGGGAUACCCCCCUAAUUGCUAUGGGCAGCAGGCUGAGAUGAUGGGUCAGCCAUCCCCAAUGAUGCAGCCACAACAGAUAAGCAGUGGCUCCAGCCAAACCGUGAAUGUGUACCAACAGUUUCCCCAACCUCCUAUGCUGAGAGACCCUAGGAGCAACAUUCAUAUUGGAAGCAAGCUCUUCGUUGGGCAGGUCCCUGCCAUGACAACUGAAGAGCAGCUGCGCCCGGUGUUUGAGCCGUACGGGGAACUAUUAGAGGUAAAGAUAAUGCGUGAUCCGUCGGGGCGGUCAAAGGGAAGCGCGUGGGUACGCUAUGAAACAAACGAAAUGGCCAUGAAUGCCAUCAACGCCCUUCACGAGAAGCACACUGUUCCACCUCAAACAAACCCACUGCGCGUGCAAUUUGCUACGCCUAACAGCGCAAAGCAUCAACAGCAACAACAGCAGCAGCAACAAAGGUACCCUCUGGAGAUGAGGGCGCCAAUAAAUUCGUACAAUUUUGGUGGGCCAAUGGAUGGUAAUGCGCCGCAAGGCGGUAUGGUGAUGCUGCGCCCAGGUGUCUCGUCCAACAUAAUCUCUUCCCUUUCACCAAACAGCGGGAGUGGGGGCCGGUAUGUGUCUCCAACCAUUGGUGCACCCAUUGAGUCCGCGUCUAUGAUGACGGGGUCUUACACAUCUUCGGCAUACCGUUUUGAUAACACAAGCAACGUUGGGAGCAGAAGGGAUGUGUACUCGACUUCAGAUCAACUGCAAGCCGCUGCAGCACAGUUAUGCCCGCCGCAAAGAGGGAGCUUUACUUCUCUCACCACACCGCAAGGCAUAUACAAUCAGCAGUCGCCCUCGCAACAAAAUAUGGCUCGUAAUAAUAACAGCAGCAAGAAUGGUUCAAACGUCAAUAUGGGUCAAUUGGGUUCCGGACAUGGUAUGGGCAACGCCAACAGUAUUGGGGCACCAUCCAUGACAGCUGAUUCUUCUUCCUUCAAUUCCGGAACGACCAUUUGGGAGAUGAGGAACAACAACAACAACGGCCUCCAAGCUCAGGAACAGCGCGAAGCAUUAGUGCGCGUGCGUCCAGGCGAAAGAAAAGAUGAUUGA